AAUAAAUAGCGCAUUCUCUUUCAGAGCGACUAUCCCAACUCCCUCAGUAACUUUGCCGCAUCUGCAACACUUACAAAAUGGCCCCCAAAAAGGACGAGAAGCCCGCGACCGCCGAGGCCGGCGCCGAGGCUCCUGCCAAGGCUGAGGCCAAGCCCAAGGCCGAGAAGGCCGCCAAGAAGGCCAAGAAGGAGCCCUCCAAGAAGGCCGCCAAGGAGCCCAAGGGCGAUGGCGAGAAGAAGGACAAGAAGAAGAAGAAGAGCGCCGUGGAGACCUACAAGCUGUACAUCUACAAGGUGCUCAAGCAGGUGCACCCCGACACCGGCAUCAGCAGCAAGGCCAUGUCCAUCAUGAACAGCUUCAUCAACGACAUCUUUGAGAAGGUGGCCACCGAGGCCUCCAAGCUGAGCCGCUACAACAAGAAGCCCACCGUGACCUCCCGCGAGAUCCAGACCGCCGUGCGCCUGGUGCUGCCCGGCGAGCUGGCCAAGCACGCGGUGUCGGAGGGCACCAAGGCCGUGACCAAGUUCACCUCAGGCUAAAAGCUCUCAGGCUGGACCAACUCCACGAUAAAAACUCGGUGUUUCUCAACACCACCAUGACGCGGGGGUUUGGGGGCUUGGGACAGGGCGGAACUAGCCAGGAUGGGCGGAGGGGGAAAGCCAGUGCGGGGCACAACCCGACUGCACCUGGUGAUGACGUCGGGGACCACGACGGGUGCCCCCGUGUGCGCAGCAUGCAGAGCAAGGACUGGCCAGGGUGGUACUGUGUACUGAGAGGGCCUGGACUUCACUGGGCCAGGGUUGUACUGAGUGCUAAGAGGGCCCUGACACUGGUCUGGAGGGGUUAUACUGAGAGGGCCUGGGGCUUUCACACCUGAACCUUUGAUCUGGAGCGGAAAUGGCCAAAUAGAAUAAACGAGUGAAGUACGAGUAGGGCAAAGUAGGGAAUGAUGGUGCAAUUGAAUUGGCUGGGGCGGGGCGGGGGAACCUAUCUGGGCAAGACCUAC